CCCGCGGCCCCGAGCGGCGCCUGCCCCAUUCAUCGCGGCUGUGACGGGCCGGGGCUCACCGGAGCGCCGACAGAGCGCCGGGAGCGAGUCCGGGGGCAGCGCCAGCGGUAGCGGGACAGCACUCGGACCCGCUAGGCGCCCGUGACAGGGCGGGUCGGAGCGCGGGCCGGUGCCGCCGGCGCGGGCGGAGCGGACAUGGCCACCAUGGAGAAGCUGACGAAGGCCUUCGAGUCGCUGCGCUCCUUCCAGCAGCAGCAGGGCCCCGCUGCCCUCCCCGAGGAGCCGCUCCAGAGACCAAAGAAAGAACUUGCAGCUACCAAGAAAGAUCGGGUGAAUCACUGUCUAACAAUAUGUGAAAACAUAGUUGCUCAGUCAUUAAGGAAUUCCCCAGAAUUUCAGAAGCUGCUGGGCAUUGCUAUGGAGCUCUUUCUCCUCUGCAGUGAGGAUGCAGAAUCUGAUGUCCGGAUGGUUGCAGAUGAAUGCCUUAAUAAAGUUAUUAAAGCUUUGAUGGAUUCCAAUCUUCCCAGGUUACAGUUAGAACUCUAUAAAGAGAUUAAAAAGAAUGGUGCUUCAAGAAGUCUGCGUGCUGCACUCUGGAGAUUUGCUGAGCUUGCCCAUCUAGUGCGGCCUCAGAAGUGCAGGCCAUACCUGGUGAACCUUUUGCCCUGUCUGACACGGAUCAGUAAGAGACCCGAGGAAUCGGUGCAGGAGACGCUGGCUGCAGCAAUACCCAAAAUCAUGGCAGCCUUUGGCAAUUUUGCAAAUGACAAUGAGAUUAAGGUUUUGUUGAAGGCUUUCAUAGCUAAUCUUAAGUCCAGUUCCCCCACUAUCCGUCGAACAGCUGCAGGAUCAGCAGUAAGCAUCUGCCAACAUUCACGAAGAACACAGUAUUUUUAUGCCUGGUUAUUGAAUGUGCUUUUAGGCUUGUUGGUUCCUGUAGAAGAUGAUCGUCCUACUCUUUUAAUUCUGGGUGUUUUACUUACACUAAGGUAUCUCAUACCUUUGUUGCAACAACAAGUAAAAGAUACCAGCCUGAAAGGCAGUUUUGGUGUAACAAGGAAAGAAACAGAGAUUUCACCUUCACCAGAACAACUUAUACAGGUUUAUGAACUGACUCUGCACUAUACCCAGCAUCAGGACCAUAACGUUGUGACUGGAGCUUUAGAAUUGCUGCAGCAGCUCUUUAGAACUCCCCCCCCUGAACUGCUCCAUGCCCUGACUGCCUGUGGGGGCAUUGCUCAGGUCAGUGUAUCCAAAGAUGAACCUGCCAGCAGGAGCCGCAGCGGGAGCAUUGUGGAACUUAUAGCUGGAGGGGGGUCUUCAUGCAGCCCUGUUCUUGCAAGAAAGCAUAAAGGUAAAGUACUUCUUGGUGAAGAAGAAGGCUUGGAUGAUGAUUCUGAAACCCGAUCUGAUGUCAGCUCUGCAUCAUUUGCAGCUUCUGUGAAGGGUGAGAUAACCAGUGAGCUGGCUUCUUCCUCAGGAGUGUCGACAGCUGGCUCGGUGGGGAGCUCAGCUGCGGACGCCACGGGCCACGACAUCAUCACGGAGCAGCCGCGCUCGCAGCACACGCUGCAGUCGGAGCCCGUGGAGCUGCCCAGCUGUGAGCUGACCAGUGCAGCUGCUGACGGGGAGGAGGAGGAAAUGCUCAGUCGAAGCUCCAGCCAGAUCAGUGCUGUCCAGUCAGAUGCCACUAUGGAUUUGAAUGAUGGCACGCAGGCUUCCUCACCAAUUAGUGAUAGCUCUCAGACCACUACAGAAGGUCCAGACUCUGCUGUAACCCCUUCAGACAGCUCUGAAAUUGUUUUGGAGGGUGCUGAAGGACAGUAUUCUGGAAUGCAGAUUGGGCAGCUGCAGGAUGAGGAAGAUGAAGCUGCAAAUAUUCUCCAAGAUGAUUCGUCAGAGUCCUUCAGAAAUUCUUCUCUUGCUCUUCAACAGUCUCACCUGCUGAAAACCAUGAGCCAUAGCAGGCAGCCCUCUGAUAGCAGCGUGGAUCGAUUUACAUCCAAAGAGGAUGCAGCAGAUGCUGGUGAACAUGAGAACAAGCCCUCCAGGGUAAAGGGGGACAUCGGGCACUACACUGACAGAGACUGUGCUCCUUUGGUGCACUGCGUCAGGCUGCUCUCGGCCUCCUUCCUGCUCACUGGGGACAAAGGAGCUUUAGUUCCUGAUAGAGAUGUGAGAGUCAGUGUAAAAGCCUUGGCAGUAAGUUGUGUUGGAGCAGCUGUUGCACUUCACCCUGAGUCUUUCUUCAGCAAACUGUAUAAAACACCUCUGGAGGCAAUGGGAGAAGAGUAUGAGGAGCAAUAUGUGUCGGACGUUCUGAACUAUAUUGACCAUGGGGAUCCCCAGAUCAGAGGAGCUACUGCCAUUCUCUGUGGAACAAUUGUCAACUCCAUUCUGAUUAAAUCCCGCUUUGAUGUGGAAAAAUGGCUAAUAAAUGUCAGAAGCUCAACAGGAAAUCUCUUUUCCUUAAUAGACUGCAUACCUCUGUUACAGAAAACAUUGAAAGAUGAGUCCUCUGUUACAUGCAAACUGGCUUGUACAGCUGUGAGGCAUUGCAUCAUGAGCUUAUGCAGCAGCAGUUACAGUGAGCUAGGUUUGCAAUUGAUUGUUGACCUCCUUGCUCUGAAGAACAGCUCAUAUUGGCUUGUAAGGACAGAACUUCUGGAAACACUUGCAGAGGUGGAUUUUCGGCUAGUCAACUUCUUGGAAGGAAAAACUGAGAGCUUGCACAGAGGUAUUCAUCAUUAUACUGGUCUAUUAAAGCUUCAGGAGAGAGUACUUGAAAAUGUUGUAAUAAGUCUGCUUGGAGAUGAAGAUCCAAGAGUGAGACAUGUGGCUGCAGCUUCUUUAACGAGGCUUGUUCCAAAGCUGUUUUAUAACUGUGAUCAAGGACAGGCUGACCCAGUGGUGGCAGUGGCACGAGACCAAAGCAGUGUCUACCUGAAACUCCUCAUGCACGAAACACAGCCCCCAUCUCACUUUGCAGUGAGCACUAUCACCAGAGCAUACAGAGGUUACAAUAUGCUGCAAAGUCCAACAGAUGUCACUAUGGAAAACAACCUUUCAAGGGUUAUUGCAGCAAUUUCCCAUGCGCUGACAAUAUCCACUACAAGAGCACUUACAUUUGGCUGCUGUGAAGCUUUGUGUCUUCUCUCCACAACAUUUCCAGUGUGCACUUGGAGUGUGGGAUGGCACUGUGGUGUUUCCCAGCCAAGUUCUUCAGAUGAAGCUCAGAAGGGCUGCACCAUUGGUAUGGCUGGCUUGGUCCUGUCUCUGCUUUCAUCAGCUUGGUUCCCACUGGACCUCUCAGCACAUCAGGAUGCUUUGAUUUUGACUGGAAACUUGCUUGCAGCAAGUGCUCCCAAGUGCUUAAAGAAUCCCUGGAGUGCUGAAGAAGAUGCAAACCAAGGUGCUGCAAAGCAGGAGGAGCCCUGGCCAGCUCUGUCAGAUCGAGCUCUGGUCACUUUAGUAGAACAGCUCUUUUCUCAUCUGCUGAAGGUCAUCAAUAUUUGUGCACAUGUGAUGGAUGAUGUUGCUCCUGGUCCAGCAGUAAAGGCAGCAUUACCUUCUCUCACAAACCCACCUUCUCUUAGUCCGAUUCGGAGAAAGGGGAAGGAGAGGGAGUCUGUGGAGCAGGCAUCUGUGCCCAUGAGCCCUAAGAAGAGUGGUGAAGCAAGUCCAGCUUCUAGGCAAACUGAUGCUACAGGACCUGUUCCUAUAAGUAAAUCAUCUUCAGUAGGAAGCUUUUAUCAUCUUCCAUCAUACCUGAAGUUAUAUGAUGUCUUGAAAGCAACCCAUGCUAAUUAUAAGGUUACUUUGGAUCUCCAGAACACAAAUGAGAAGUUUGGAUGUUUCUUGCGGUCUGCCUUAGAUGUUCUCUCUCAAAUCUUGGAACUUGCUACUCUUCAGGACAUUGGAAAGUGUGUAGAAGAAAUUUUGGGAUAUCUAAAAUCAUGUUUCAACAGAGAACCAACAAUGGCAACAGUGUGUGUACAGCAGUUAUUGAAAACAUUGUUUGGGACAAAUCUGGCUUCUCAGUAUGAUGGCUCAUCUUCAAACCCCAACAAAGCUCAAGGCAAAGCUCAGCGCUUGGGUUCCUCCAACCUCAGGCCUGGCCUCUACCACUAUUGCUUCAUGGCACCCUACACACACUUCACACAGGCCCUUGCUGAUGCCAGUCUGAGGAACAUGGUGCAGGCUGAGCAGGAGCACGAUGCUUCAGGAUGGUUUGAUGUGCUGCAGAAAGUUUCUACACAGCUGAAAACUAGCAUUUCCAGUGCAGCAAAACAUCGUGCUGAUAAGAAUGCUAUUCACAAUCACAUUCGUUUAUUUGAACCCCUUGUCAUAAAAGCAUUGAAACAAUACACAACAACAACAUCGGUACAGCUGCAGAGACAAGUUCUAGACUUGCUUGCUCAACUGGUUCAGCUGCGAGUUAACUACUGUCUUCUGGAUUCAGAUCAGGUGUUUAUUGGAUUUGUGCUAAAGCAGUUUGAAUACAUUGAAGUAGGACAGUUCAGGGAGUCUGAAGCAAUUAUUCCUAAUAUCUUCUUUUUCCUGGUGUUGCUGUCUUAUGAGCGAUAUCAUUCCAAACAAAUAAUUGGAAUUCCCAAGAUCAUUCAGCUGUGUGAUGGUAUCAUGGCCAGUGGGAGGAAAGCUGUUACACAUGCAAUACCAGCUCUGCAACCGAUUGUUCAUGAUCUCUUUGUGUUAAGAGGAACAAAUAAAGCUGAUGCUGGAAAAGAGCUGGAAACUCAGAAGGAGGUUGUAGUGUCAAUGCUGCUGAGACUUAUCCAGUACCAUCAGGUGCUAGAAAUGUUCAUCUUGGUAUUACAGCAGUGUCAUAAAGAAAAUGAAGACAAAUGGAAGAGAUUGUCUCGGCAAAUAGCUGACAUCAUUCUCCCAAUGCUUGCAAAACAACAGAUGCAUAUAGACUCUCAUGAUGCUUUGGGAGUACUGAACACUUUGUUUGAAAUUUUGGCCCCUUCAUCCCUUCGCCCUGUGGACAUGCUUUUAAGGAGCAUGUUUGUUACUCCUAAAACAAUGGCAUCAGUGAGCACUGUCCAGCUGUGGAUUUCUGGAAUUUUAGCUAUCCUUAGAGUUCUGAUUUCACAGUCAACAGAAGACAUCGUUCUGUCCCGCAUACAAGAGCUUUCCUUCUCACCAUACUUGAUUUCAUGUCAAGUAAUCAACAGGCUGAGAUGUGGAGAAAAUAACAUGUCCACACCAGAGGAUCGCACUGAGGUCAAACAGGUGAAACACCCACCUGAAGAGACAUUUUCCAGAUUCUUACUACAACUGGUUGGCAUUCUACUGGAAGAUAUUGUCACCAAGCAAUUAAAAGUGGACAUGAAUGAGCAGCAGCACACUUUCUACUGCCAGGAGCUGGGAACACUGCUUAUGUGCUUAAUACACAUCUUCAAAUCAGGGAUGUUUAGAAGAAUCACAGCUGCAGCCACCAGACUUUUUACAGGAGAUGGAUCUGAUGGUAGUUUCUACACACUUGAAAGUCUGAGUGACCUUGUUCAGUCCAUGAUUCCCACUCAUCCUUCUUUAGUUCUCCUCUGGUGUCACAUUUUGCUUCUUGUCAAUUAUACCAACUACAACUGGUGGUCAGAAGUGCAUCAAACCCCAAAGAGACACAGCCUUUCUACUACAAAAUUGCUGAGCCCUCAUAUAUCUGGAGACAGUGAUGAAUCUGACCUGGAAUCCAAGCGUGGCAUGUGCAAUCGUGAGAUAGUGAGAAGAGGAGCACUCAUUCUCUUCUGUGACUAUGUUUGUCAAAACCUACAUGAUUCGGAACACCUGACCUGGCUUAUUGUGAAUCAUGUUCAAGACUUGAUUCAUCUGUCCCAUGAGCCUCCAGUGCAAGAUUUUAUCAGUGCUGUUCACAGGAAUUCAGCAGCCAGUGGUCUCUUCAUCCAGGCCAUUCAGUCACGCUGUGAGAAUCUUGCAGCUCCCACAACCCUGAAGAAGACCUUGCAGUGCUUGGAGGGAAUCCACCUGAGCCAGUCGGGGGCAGUGCUGACGCUGUACGUGGACAAGCUGCUGUGCACGCCCUUCCGCGUGCUGGCGCGCAUGGUGGACACCCUGGCCUGCCGCCGCGUGGAGAUGCUGCUGGCAGCAACUCUGCAGAAUAGCAUUGCUCAGUUACCAGUUGAAGAACUGGAUAGGAUUCAGGAGUACCUUCAAAACAGUGGAUUAGCAGCAAGACACCAAAGACUCUACUCACUCCUGGAUAGAUUUCGUCUCAUGGUAGCUCCAGACACAACCAGUCCCUCACCUCUGGUCACCUCACACCCACUGGAUGGAGAAGAUCAACCACCUUUAGAGAAUGUAGUUCUAGACAAAGACUGGUAUGUGUCCCUAGUGCGGUCACAGUGUUACAUCAGGUCUGACUCAGCACUUCUGGAAGGAGCAGAGCUGGUAAAUAGGAUUCCUCAGCCUGACCUCAACUCCUUCAUGACCAGCAAGGAAUUCAACCUAAGCUUGUUAGCACCUUGUUUAAGCCUUGGCAUGAAUGAGAUCUCAAGGGAGCAGAAGAGCAGCCUCUUUGAAACAGCUCGGAGGGUAACUCUGGACCAUGUGUCUUCUGCUGUACAAAACCUUCCAGCCAACCACCAGGUUUUCCAGCCACUAUUGCCAACUGAGCCAUCAGCCUACUGGAAAAAACUAAGCGACAUCUUUGGAGAUGAGGUGAUGUAUCAGUCUGUGAUGACACUUUGUCGUGCACUGGCUCAGUAUUUGUUGUUACUCUCAAAACUACCAGCUGGUCUCCGUGUUCCUCCUGACAAAGAGGGUGACAUCCUGAAAUUCGUAGUGAUGUCAGUAGAGGCACUAUCAUGGCAUUUAGUGCAUGACCAGAUUCCAUUAAGUGUAGAUCUUCAAGCUGGUCUGGAUUGUUGCUGUCUGACACUACAGCAGCCUAGUCUCUGGAAUUUGCUGUCUUCUGCAGCUCAUGUGACAUAUGCUUGCUCCUUAAUUAACUGCAUUAGAUUCAUCAUAGAAGCAGUUGCUGUGGAACCUGGUAAUCAACUUCUGAGUCCUGAAAGAAAGAAUACUUCAAAACCUUUAAGUGAGGGGGAAAGUGAUUCAAAUGUACAGAAAACAAAACACAUAAUUGCAGCAUGUGAAAUGAUAGCUGAGAUGGUGGAAUGCUUGCAGACUGUCUUAUCACUGGGGCACAAAAGAAACAGCAGCAUCCCUGCAUUUCUCACUCCUGUCCUCAAGAACAUCAUCAUCAGUUUAGCAAGGCUGCCUCUAGUGAACAGCUACACCAGAGUACCUCCCUUGGUCUGGAAAUUAGGCUGGUCACCAAAGCCUUCAGGUGACUUUGGCACAGUUUUUCCUGAAAUCCCAGUAGAAUUUCUUCAAGAAAAGGAAAUCUUUAAGGAGUUCAUCUACCGCAUUAAUACACUUGGGUGGAUCAGCCGUACUCAGUUUGAAGAGACUUGGGCUACUUUGCUUGGUGUGCUUGUAACUCAGCCCAUUGUAAUGGACCAGGAGGAAAACCAGCAAGAGGAGGAUACAGAGAGGACCCAGAUCAAUGUUCUGGCAGUGCAAGCCAUAACCUCCCUGGUGCUGAGUGCCAUGACCAUCCCUGUUGCAGGCAAUCCAGCAGUCAGCUGCUUGGAGCAGCAGCCCCGCAACAAAGCUUUAAAAGCUCUGGACACAAGGUUUGGGAGGAAGCUAAGUGUUAUCAGGGGAAUUGUUGAACAGGAAAUCCAGGCAAUGGUGUCUAAGAGAGAUAAUAUUGCUACUCAUCAUUUAUACCAAGCCUGGGACCCUGUUCCAUCACUUUCUCCUGCUACUACAGGUGCUCUUAUCAGCCAUGAAAAACUCUUACUGCAGAUCAAUACUGAACGAGAAAUAGGAGAUAUGGAUUAUAAAUUGGGACAGGUCUCUAUACACUCUAUAUGGUUAGGAAAUAAUAUCACUCCACUGAGAGAAGAAGAGUGGGGUGAGGAUGAAGAAGAUGAGAACGAUGUACCUGCUCCUUCCUCACCACCUACCUCUCCUAUCAACACUAGGAAACACCGAGCUGGUGUGGAUAUCCAUUCUUGUUCUCAGUUCCUGCUUGAGCUGUACAGUCAGUGGAUAUUGCCAUCCAACCCCAGCAAGAGAACACCAGUGAUUCUGAUCAGUGAAGUGGUGCGAUCACUUCUGGCAGUGUCAGACUUAUUUACAGAAAGGAAUCAGUUUGAGAUGAUGUACACAACACUGACAGAGUUGAGAAAGGUGCAUCCGUCUGAAGAUGAGAUUCUUGUACAGUAUUUGAUACCAGCUACUUGUAAAGCUGCUGCUGUUCUUGGAAUGGAUAAAGCUGUGGCUGAACCAGUAAGUCGACUGCUGGAAUCAACCCUGAGGAGCACCCACAUGCCAAGUCGGAUUGGAGCCCUGCAUGGAAUUCUUUAUAUCCUUGAGUGUGACUUGCUGGAUGAGACAGCAAAGCAGCUCAUUCCAAUUAUCAGCGAGUAUCUGCUCUCCAAUCUGAGAGGAGUAGCACAUUGUGUGAAUAUCCAUAACCAAGAGCACAUUUUGGUCAUGUGUGCAGCUGCUUUCUAUUUGAUUGAGAAUUACCCACUUGAUGUAGGGCCUGAAUUCUCUGCAGGAAUUAUACAGAUGUGUGGAGUCAUGGUGUCUGGAAGUGAUGAAUCAACACCAUCCAUUAUUUAUCACUGUGUCCUGAGAGGAUUGGAACGACUCCUUCUUUCAGAGCAGCUUUCCAGGCUGGACAGUGAGUCCCUGGUUAAGCUGAGUGUUGACAGGGUGAAUGUGCAGAGCCCCCACAGAGCAAUGGCAGCCCUGGGAUUGAUGCUGACUUGCAUGUACACAGGAAAGGAAAAAAUCAGCCCCAGCCGUAUCCCAGAUGCAAAUCCUGGUGCUCCUGACAGUGAAUCUGUGAUUGUUGCCAUGGAACGAGUAUCUGUCCUUUUUGAUAGGAUCAGGAAGGGAUUUCCCUUUGAAGCUCGAGUAGUGGCUCGGAUUCUUCCACAGUUCCUUGAUGAUUUUUUCCCCCCACAAGAUGUAAUGAACAAAGUCAUUGGGGAAUUUCUGUCCAAUCAGCAGCCAUACCCACAAUUCAUGGCAACAGUAGUUUAUAAGGUGUUCCAGACACUGCAUAGCACUGGACAAUCCUCCAUGGUCCGUGACUGGGUGAUGCUCUCUCUCUCCAAUUUCACACAAAGAACACCUGUGGCAAUGGCAAUGUGGAGUCUUUCCUGUUUUUUUGUCAGUGCUUCCACCAGUCAAUGGAUUUCAGCAAUUCUUCCACAUAUUAUCAGCAGAAUGGGGAAAUCAGAGCAAGUGGAUGUUAACAUCUUCUGUUUGGUGGCUAUAGACUUCUACCGGCACCAGAUCGAUGAGGAGCUGGAUCGGAGAGCCUUCCAGUCGGUGUUUGAGGUGGUGGCAUCGCCUGGAACCCCAUACCACCGCCUCCUGACCUGUUUGCAAAAUGUCCACAAGGUCACAGCAUGCUGAACAUCCUGAUGUGUAGUGGAACUGCAUGACUAGUGUUGGAAUAUGAGUUAUGAGGAAUGCAAGAUGAAGAAAAUACCUGGGGUUGCAUUUGUGAUAAAUACGGACCUGUCAGUUUUCCUUCCAGCAUGCAUGGACAAGUGCUCUGCAGCACUGGAAAUCACCUGAGAGUCAAGUGUAGUUGUUGUUGACACCAAACACCUCUAAGUGGAAUGAAGUAUGUCAGUGUUUUUCAAGUGGUGGUGGGGACUAAAGAAGCCACACAUCCAAGCUGUAAAAUAUGAGCUAGUACCACAUGCAAGGUAUUUGGUAUUCCUCUUCUUCCCAAUAUGCAGCUGAAGCCACUGUGGUGCAGCAGUAAAGCACUGACAGACUGUUAUUGCAACAUGCAGUCAUUAGCCAACUUCAUAGUUUUAUGUACCUGUAUAUACUGUUGUGUAGUACAGAAUAGAAUUUGUUUCCUAAUGUCUCUCCCAAACAAGGAAAAGAGAAAAUGGCUUUUAUGAUUUACACUUCCAGCAUGUAAUUUCUCUCUCUGGAUUUUCUGAUAUCCAGUGGUGUAUGUGUUGGUGAUACCAGAGAUAUAGUGCACAUACGUAACCACACGUUAUUCUUUUUUCUUCUCAGGUUUUCAAAUUUGAGUACAGUAUAUCAGUGAAAGAAAUUUUAACUUAAAUAUUUCUAUAUUAUGUACAGUAUGUAAAAUUGUAAGAUGUGUGGUGCAUGAGCUGUGCUGUAAUUGGAGAUGAACAAAAGCCAUGCUACUGAAUGUCUUGACAUCUGUAUUGUCCUCAUUUUUUUUCCUCAUUCUUGAAUUCAUGUUCCUUUUGGAAAUCCAUCUUAAUGUACAGAUUACAUCUUGUUUUGCAUCUCACUUUUUCUUAAAGUGCUUUAAAACUGGAAUAUGUUGAUUAAUUUGUCUUGAGAAACUGUACUAAGGAGGCAUUCUUGUGAUCCACAUUUCUGUAGCUUCUUUGUAAUUCCUUAAUUUUGAGACAUAAUGGUAAGAAAGAGGACUAGUCACUCUGGAUCGAACUUUAGAUGCUUAAGAAACUGUUCUUAUUUGCUGCACAGCAUUUUAAGAGACAAAAUGGUGCAAGCUCCCCAGUAGUCAACAACCAUUUGACCUUUCCUAACUGAGACCAUGGAGUCAUCUGGACCACUCUCAUGUGAACAAAUAUGUGGUAGCAGUAAAGAAUCAGAAGGCUGCUGUGGUCUACUUUGGGACUGGCUAAAGUGUUAGAUUACACAACCUCUUUUAUUACCUGUUGUAUCCAUAAUGCUUUAGACACAAACACAAAUAUCCAUGAAUUUCAGGACACUACACAGGGCCAGAUUUAGCUUUUACUCACCACCCAGGGAAUGCCAUUGAUUCCUAAGCUUUACAUGAGGAAAUCUAGCACAGCAUUUGUCUUUAGUUGUACUUAAGUCUUUCAUUAUAGAGAAAUGAUACCUUGGUUCUCAGUCAGAUCCUACAUUCAACCUCUCUUCAUUUUCUUAUCACACCUUUUGGUGACACUUGGAAAAAUGAGAUAGUGUUGUCAGGAGGAGCAUGUACUGUAUGUAUUUCUGUAUAUAAUGUAUAUGUUGAAAUUAUACACAUGUGACAACAUUUAAUGUAUACAGAUGUGUAUAUUUGUAUUUAUUAAACCCAUGUAUUUAAACUAAUUCCAAUCUAGACCAAAAAUUGUUGCUUCUGCCCUUAAAUUGAUUACAAAGGAAUUGUCCACUGCUGUCGCUUCCUUUUAGAAACUGGUAGAGGAAAUUGAUAUUAUGGGCAGUAGAAACAACUGUAGAUGUUGCUGUAUUUAGCUCUCUACAGGUCUUAUUAUCUAGAGCAAUUAUUUCAGUCCUAAGUUGGGUUACUCUUCUUCCUUGGGCCACAGCACUGUGGUGAUUUUUAAAAGAAACUGAACAGGGUUUCAGAAAAAGGUUUAAUAAAAUAGAUACUAUUUGAAA